UCUGAUUUGACCCCUAACCUGGAAACUUCCAUAUGUGGCGGGUGCGGCCCUAAAAAAAAGGCUGCAUCAUCAGAAAGUACCUAUUCACUGGGCCCCUGAAUAUGGUGGGCACGGGGAGCACCUCAUGGAUGUGGAGCCCCCCACCCUCUUUUAUUAAGAUGAAAUAUUUUAGACAUACCCCAAUGUAGAGAGAUCAGCACAACAAUAAUGUAACAUGAAAAGCGAAGAAAUGAGUCUUAAUGGAUACCACUGGGGCUUCUGCAUGCUUUUCCUUUCUCCUCAGAUUUAACUGCCGUGCUGAAUUUGGUAUUUAUAACUUCUGCUGAUAUAUAUACAUAUAUAUAUAUAUAUUCAACAUCUAUAAAAUAUGUACAGUCAGUUCUCACGAUUUAUGGUAGUUAAACUCAUGAAUACCGAAUUGACAAAUACUGAGCCAUUGCUCCGUUGCUCCUCGGGGACAUAUAUGCAAACAUAUCUCGCAUAGAGUAUAAUCUUAAAUCCUAAAAACACCUCAUUCUGGUAGAUUCUAUUUUAUUUUACAAAAGAGAAAAAUGAGGAGUUCCCUGAUGGCCUAGAGAUUAAGGAUCCAGUGUUGUCACUGCUUGGCUCGGGUUUGAUCCCUAGCCGGGAAUUUCUGCAUGCCACAGGCUUGGCCAGAAAAAGAAAUCACCCAGAGGAGAAAAAUAAGAUUUGGAGACGUUAAGUGACUGGCCUGGGGCUGCCCCACUAACAGGUGCCAGAGUUAGAAUUCAAAGCCAGUCCUCCUGGUCCCGGAGCCCAGGAUCCUUGAACUGAACCACGCUGCCACCGGCCGCCUCCCUCCAGCAAGGCAGAUGGGGCCUUGUUUGACCUUAGCUGUGAACAUGCAUGUCGGAUGACUCAAAAUUGUUAUUGUUUUGCAUAUGUCUGCACAUGACUGCAGAAGUGCCUCAAAUGUUGGUUUGGGGGUUACAAAUCAAUUUUAGCAAAUAGGUGAACUCGCAAAGACUGAAGAUUGACAUGGGUACGUGCAUACAUAUACAUACAGAUAUACACUUAGGUAUAUAGACAAUAUAUAUGAUACAUAUGUAUAUAGUAUCAUAUAUAUAAUGUAUAUUACCUGUCCUAAUUCUUAAACACUGUAUAGCACUUUUUGCAGUCUUUAAAACUGUGCUAAAUAGUAUCACACCAGAAAUAGCUUCUGCAAGAGGCUUCUUUCCAUCCCCAUUGUUGCUAGUGGAGCUGUGGUUUCACUGCUGCAGAGGAAUAGCUAGUGUUUACUGAGCACCUACUAUGCGCAUGGGCAAUUACGCUUUAUAUGUCACAUCGGGUUGAAGCCUCAAGGCCACUCCGUCAGGUGAAUACUGUUCUUAUACCCAUUUGACAAUGGAAGAAACUGAGGCAUGGGGAGGUGAAAUAAGUUGCCUUAACUACCUAGCAUUUGUUUAGUGGAGGAAUGAGUGAUGGAAACCACCAGAAUGAUCACUAACAGGACGAUGGGUAAAUAAAAUGUGGAAUUCUAAGGUUAGGAAGAUGGAUAAACAUUUGUCAUAGGGACAGUUUUAAGGCAGCCGUGGAUUCGGGUUUGCAAGAGUUCUCGUGCUCAGUGUGCUGCUCUGGGGGCUUCAGCCUGUGGGAAAGGUGGACAAGACCUGGCCACUGGCAAAUGUCAUAGAAGUUGCCCUUGGAGAUGCCACCUUCUCUUCCAGCGGUGUCCUGUGUCGUGGCAGAGUGGAGUGGCUGGAGUCGCUGUGUCAAGCCCUGCCAGGUCUCUUACCGCGUCCGCCAGAGGCAUGUGCUGCAGGAGCCGAGGAACGGGGGUGCUCCCUGCCCCCCAUUGGAAGAACGGGCUGGCUGCGUGGAGUAUCGCAACCACCAGGGAGUGGAGUGCCAACAGUCUUUGCUCCCUGCUCUGAUAACCACAGGCAGCUAUGGGAAAGAGCGGGAAAAACAAGGUGUCCCCAAGAAGCAGGAGAUGGCAGGGUAUUGUGUCCAGUUCCGGCUGGGGCCCAUUCCAGGGAGCUGCCAGCAGGCAAGGGCGCCCCAUGCCCAGUGGACAAGGUAUCUGACCCGGGGCCACACGGUUUGUGUGAGGUGUGAGUGGCCCGCCCAGGAUGCCAGGAGCCGGCGCUGCUACGGGGAUGGCGGUGGGGCCAGAGGGUAAGCGGUGGGACUCGGGCAGGGGGAAGCAUGACUGUGGAGCCUGGGCUUCUCUGCUGCCUGAGAAAUGAAGGUGCAGAGGGAGCGAGAUCCCCCUUUCUGGCCAGGGUGGGGCCCAGGAGGGUCCUGAUCCCCAUGUCUGAGGAGAAGCCUCUUUUGCUGUUUCCAGCUGUGUGACCUCAGGCAAUCUCAUAGCCUCUCUGAACCCCACUUUCCUCAUGUGAAAAUGCAGAUAAGAGGACUUCCCCAUGGGGCCAUGGUCCAAGUGAAGUGAGAUUGUAUAAAUCGAGGACUUAGCAUAGCUCCUGGCAUCCAGAAAGCACUCAAGAGAAGGGAGUUAGUCUUUUUUUUUU